CGACAGAGACUACUUAACCCCCCGACGUCCCCUCACAACUUGUACGUAUUCCGCUCCAUCGAACCCAUCUCAGCUACGGACUCUCGCCGUUUUACCGCUCCAAAAUUCCACGCACCACCGCUUUCCGCACGCGAAACUAGACUGACCGGACUUUUGCCACCACAGGACAGUUAUCAUCAAAACUCGUCGAACCCAACACCGCAAUCAUGGGUAAAGUUCACGGUUCCCUCGCCCGUGCCGGAAAGGUCAAGUCGCAGACACCAAAGGUCGACCCCCAGGAGAAGAAGAAGACCCCCAAGGGCCGCGCCAAGAAGAGGCUCACUUACACCCGCCGUUUCGUGAACGUCACCAUGACCGGUGGCAAGAGAAAGAUGAACCCCAACCCUGGAUCGUAAACGCACAACCGAACUGGUGAAGAGGGAAGGUGGAACAUUAUGUUACAAAUGUCACGAAUUUAGUUUCUUCGGGUUCGCUAUGACUCUGGAUCAGAGCGAUUGGGAGGCUCGCCCCGAAGCGGACGUGGUCAUGGCACGUCAGCUCGUGAAAGGAUCCCGUAUCUUUGGGAUGAUGGGGGCAUAUUCAUGGCGUCAAUGUACAUUCGGCUUUUGCAUGGAUACACUAGGAAUCUGACUACCUGUGCUUUCCAGCUUCUCAAUCUGCUGUCUUUCUUACCUAUGCUUCGUGUAUACUUGUUUGAUCUGCGCACACAGUUUCUAUUUGAAGAUGUUCGAAGAUGUUACGUGAUCGUCGAU